UUGAAACUUCCCUCCGUCUUUCAGAUUCACGAGAAUGCAUGGGAUGGCUACAGGACACAUUGAGGCCACUGGCCACAUGGGCGGGAAGUGGGUGGUCGAGUCAUCCCCCUCCCUGAGACUCAUCCUCUGCUUUCUCUGUACGCGUCCCCAAUGCAAGCGACAAAUGGCGUUUAGUCGCCUGGGAAUGAGACAAGUCACGGCUGACAACAGAACGGAAAUGGCUUUUCUCGUUUCUGUUUUUAGUCAUAAAUAGCGUUCCGCAGCUGUUGAGCGGUUUCCAUUUUGUGCCCUUUUGUUUUUCGUUCUAUAGAUUCUGAGAAACAAGAAUUCUAUAGAGGAUGCUUUGAAUCAGUUAAUGAUCGCAUUCCAAGUUCCAAUAGGUUCAUCAGGUACUUGAGAACUAGAGUAAUUACGACUGCAGUUGCAAAUUGAUUGCAAAUUAACGGCACCCAGUUCUUCCAAAUUCUGACGUGCUCUAUCACAUUAAUUGAUCUCGGGAAAGAAUGACUUGUAGGGGAUGUAAGGGUUUCCUGGCGUCUAUGUUAAAGUUUCUGAAUUACCUGCAAACUUUUGUUGGAGUGGCCAUUAUACUCUACUCAUUGUGGAUGUUCAGUCACUGGAAUCACCAUAAUCAUAUUCCUCCUACAUCAGCACCUUCACCAGAAAGUGCUUACUCUACCAUGUUGAAUUUAUACGGUUCACAGCCAAACAGAAAGUUGGUUGAAAAUUCUGAACAUAUAUUUUUUGACGAGCUUGCGGGGCUGAUGUCCUCUCAUCUUGAAGCUGGGAGGAGCUCCAGUUUUGAAAAGCUUCCACCACCUUGGUUUAUCUACUCUUCUAUGAGUACUGGCUUCACGUUUUGCCUGAUAAAUUUUAUUGGCUACAUUGCUGCAGAAACUGUCAAUGGUUUCUGUCUGCUCUUUUAUUCUUUGCUUGCGGCUAUCCUCGUUCUUGUGGAAGCAGCUUUUGUGGUAUGCAUCCUUUUAAACAAGCAUUGGGAAAAGGUUCUUCCACAUGAUCCUACCGGAGAGUUUGACAAUCUUAGAUCUUUUAUUCAAGAAAAUAUUGAAGUUUGUGAAAUGGUUGGCGUGGUUGUGAUCAUUAUUCAGGUACUUUCGCUGCUACUGGCAAUCAUCUUAAGAGUCAUGGUGACAAGAAGAACAGAUUAUGACAGUGAAAAUGAGGAUGAUUAUCUGAGGGUCAACCAUCGGCAACCCUUAAUGAUUCCCCCUGGAGAACAAUCCCUCUGAGGAUAGUAAAAGCGACCGCCUCGACUCCUGGCGCUUGAGGAUGAAAGAAAAGGUAUGCCUGCUACCAUCUCUCUCUCUGUUUCUUGGUGGUAAUCACUUGGCUUGGAUGUGCAUCGUGAGACUCCGAUAGAACUUGAUCCGAGAUAAAUAUUUAAUGGUGUGCAGUACGGCUUGAACCCACAUGAGUUCGGACAGCGCGCUGUGGAUCCAAAAACAUUUUCAGGCCACGAGAAGCAGCGACGCUGAUGAAGACCGGCGGAAAUGUUCCAUUACGUAGCCCGCGACCAAAACCAGCGGCGCGUUCCUGGCCUUGCCACUUGCAAAAAAUUUUUGUUCUUUCUACUGUUUCACCGUAUAUAAAAGGGUCUAGGUUCUCGAAGUAGGCAGCGUGCUGCGUAACGUUGCAUCAUAGGUACAGUUCUUUCGUUAAAAGUGACCACACGGUCCUCUCCUCAGUACAGUUGCCAUUCUCAGGCGCAGUAAAUGCAGGAUUCAGUUUGCUCACUUUAGCAGAUUCCUUCCAUGAAUGAUUUCACAUGGUUUUAGGAAUAGGGAAAUAUCUUAUCACUGCAUCUGCCAGGGUACAAAAUUUAUGCGCCUCCCACAGUCGAACCAGAUUCCAAGAGUCAGGAAUCUCCGCCCGGUGUAGCUUGGCCCACCGCAAAAGCUGCAAAUUGCA